AGUGAGUAAGAUUAUCAUUGUGGCAAAGUAACCCAUACAUAAAGGAAACCAUAACGCAAAUUCCAGUGUAGAGGCAGUUAGUUGACAUCUGCCUGCCCAAAACACACUAAACUCUCCGCAUCAUAUGCAUUUUCAGAUCCACAAAAACUGCACGCACUAUCAAUUCACACACUCCAGAUCUCAAGAUCUAGCCCUAGAUUUCUGAAUUUCACCAUUCAUCCAUCAACAUUUCUUCACUUUUAGUAAACAGGAGGUUAGCAAAUAACAUCAAAUUCUUGAAGAAUUUUAUCUGAAAUUUAGCAUUCAUCGAUCGAUGUUUGUUCAGUUUUAGUUACAGGAAUUAAUUAGGUUUAGCAAAUAAGAUCAAAUUGUGGAAGAAUUUACCGGAAACGGAUCUCUAAUCCUGGAUAUCUGAAGUUUAGCAUUCGUUGAUCGGUAUUUGUUGAGAUUUAGUUACAGGAAUCUGUUAGGUUUAGCAGAUAUGAUGCAAUGGUUGAAGAAUUUGCCGGAAAUGGAUCUGAUGCGGUCCGAGAAGAUGACGUUCGUUCAGUUGAUCAUUCCUGUUGAAUCUGCUCACCGUGCGGUUUCGUAUCUCGGUGAACUCGGUUUGCUACAGUUUCGUGAUUUAAAUGACGAUAAAAGCCCAUUUCAAAGAACAUUUGUUAAUCAGGUAAAAAGAUGUGCUGAAAUGUCAAGAAAGCUUCGGUUUUUGAAAGAUCAAAUAAACAAGGCUGGUUUACUAUCUUCUGCUCUUCCUACACUGCAAUCGGAUGUCGACUUGGAGGCACUAGAGAGUCAACUUGCUGAUCAUGAACACGAACUUAUUGAGAUGAAUGCCAACAGUGAGAAACUACAACAGACAUAUAAUGAGCUGUUAGAGUUCAAGAUGGUGCUGCAGAAGGCAGGAAGCUUUCUUAUCUCAGGCAAGAGUUACGAGAGUGCGGAAGGCAGAGAAUUAGAUGAAAACGUGUACCCCAGUGAUUAUACGGAGUCAGACUCAACCUCCUUACUUGAGCAGGCGACACAAUCAGGACCGUCAAAUUCAUCUGGUCUUAGAUUUAUAAGCGGCAUUAUCCCAAAAUCUAAGGUGUUAUUCUUCGAGAGAAUGUUGUUCCGUGCAACAAGGGGAAAUUUGCUUUUCAAUCAGGCGCCUGCGGAUGAACUCAUCAUGGAUCAUGUAUCUUCUGAAAUGGUUGAGAAAACGAUAUUUGUAGUGUUCUUCUCCGGAGAGCAGGCUAAGACAAAAAUACUGAAAAUCUGUGAAGCAUUUGGUGCAAACUGCUAUCCUGUUCCAGAGGACCUAACAAAGCAGACUCAAAUAACUCAAGAGGUUUCGUUACGGCUCUCUGAAUUAGAAACCACUUUGGAUGUUGGAAUUCGUCACAGGAAUGCUGCUCUUCACUCCAUUGGGGUCCACUUAUCAAUAUGGAUGAACAUGGUUAAAAAAGAGAAAGCUGUGUUUGAUACAUUGAAUAUGUUAAACUUCGAUGUUACAAAAAAGUGUCUAGUUGGAGAGGGAUGGUGCCCCAUAUUUGCUAAACCCCAGAUUCAAGAGGCACUGCAACGUGCGACUUUCGAUAGCAACUCGCAAAUUGGCAUUAUAUUUCAUGUCAUGGAUUCUGUUGAGUCACCUCCAACAUAUUUCAGAACCAAUACAUUCACAAACGCAUAUCAAGAAAUUGUUGACGCCUAUGGUGUUGCUAAAUACCAGGAAGCCAAUCCAGCAGUUUAUACCGUAAUUACUUUUCCAUUUCUUUUUGCUGUCAUGUUUGGGGAUUGGGGACAUGGAAUAUGUUUACUGUUGGGUGCGUUGAUUCUCAUAGCGCGUGAAGGGAAGCUUAGUUCUCAGAAACUUGGGAGCUUUAUGGAGAUGUUAUUCGGUGGCCGAUACGUACUUCUGCUGAUGUCACUGUUUUCAAUCUACUGUGGUCUAAUAUACAACGAGUUCUUUUCUGUUCCUUAUCACAUAUUCGGUGGUUCAGCUUAUAGAUGCCGUGAUGCUUCAUGCAGUGAUGCAUAUACAGUCGGUUUAAUCAAAUAUCGCGAUGCAUAUCCAUUCGGUGUAGAUCCUAGCUGGCGCGGGAGUCGUUCAGAGUUACCUUUCCUAAACUCUCUUAAAAUGAAGAUGUCUAUUUUAUUCGGUGUUGCCCAGAUGAAUCUUGGAAUCAUGUUAAGCUACUUCAAUUCAAUUUUCUUCAACAACUCAUUGGAUAUCCGGUAUCAGUUCAUACCACAGAUGAUAUUUUUAAACAGCCUUUUUGGGUAUCUUUCACUUCUUAUUAUCAUCAAGUGGUGCACUGGUUCUCAAGCCGAUUUAUAUCAUGUGAUGAUUUAUAUGUUCUUGAGUCCUUUUGAUGAUCUCGGCGAGAAUGAGUUGUUCUGGGGACAAAGGCCCCUUCAGAUCCUAUUGUUGCUUUCAGCUCUAGUUGCGGUUCCAUGGAUGCUUUUCCCGAAACCUUUUAUUUUAAGAAAGCUUCAUGCUGAGAGAUUUCAAGGUCGUACAUACGGGGUUCUUAGGUCAUCUGAGAUGGAUAUAGAUUCUGAGCCCGGUUCUGCAAGGCAUCAUGAAGAGGAAUUCAAUUUUAGCGAGGUUUUUGUACAUCAAAUGAUACAUUCUAUCGAGUUUGUACUCGGUUCAGUAUCUAACACUGCUUCGUACCUUCGGUUAUGGGCUUUGAGCUUAGCUCACUCGGAAUUGUCCACUGUAUUUUACGAGAAAGUUCUCCUCCUUGCGUGGGGGUACGAAAACAUCUUGAUUCGGAUGGUGGGACUAGCGGUAUUCGCCUUUGCAACCGCAUUUAUACUCCUCAUGAUGGAGACACUAAGUGCUUUCCUUCAUGCAUUGAGGCUACAUUGGGUAGAAUUUCAAAACAAGUUUUAUGGAGGCGACGGUUAUAAGUUCAAACCUUUCUCCUUCGCAGCAUUGGCUGACGACGAAGAUUAGUACAAUUACAAUUACAAUUUUACCCAACACUUCUCACCUUUUCUGGGUCAACAAGGUCAAUACCUGUUCACCCAUCACAGCAUUCAAACACAGAAUUUUGGCUAGUUAGAAUUACGCGAGGUGUGAAUUAACAUACUUUUGUAGAAACCUGACCCGGACUUAUAUGAACUGGAUGGUACCAAUUAUCAAGACCCCGUAGGGUAAUAUUAGGUGUUGUAAAGGGAGAGAGGGGGGGGGGGGUUCCUUUUGUAUUGGAUUGCCCCAAGGUGUUAGUUGUGUAGAUAUCAUUAUCUUUCUUUCUAUUGUAUUAUGGUCUUGGUUUAUGUUUUUGGUAAUAAACAUCAAAUUUACAAAAUUUUAUAUACACUACAAAUAAAUAUGCAUUAAGAUGCUC